AUGCGUGGAUACUGGUGGUCACUGACAUCCAGACUUCUCUUGUCUUUGACGCACCUUCGUCGUAGCUGUUUGGACUGGAUGACAGAGGCUUGGAAGCUAGUUAGUAUCUUUUGUUUGGCAUUAGAAUCGGAUGAGUGGCAAGCCAAGAAAAUGAAUACCCUGUCGAUCGUUUGUUUUGCUGUAGCAGUUUCAUCUGCUUUGGGACAGUUUGGUCUCGGCGGUUAUAGUCCAUUACUUAGUGCUUUGGGCGGAGGUGACGUCCAUCACGUUGUCCACCAUCACGUCAGUGACGACGAUCAUCACGGAAGUUACGACGAUCACCAUCACGAUUACCAUCACAACAACAACCGUCAGACGUAUGCCGAUUACUACAACGGAAACGACAAUUACGACGGUUUGAAUUACAACAACAACUACAAUAACAACGGUGGUACUGGUACCAACAAUAACGGUUUUUACACCAACGGUAACACAAACGGACAGUACAACAACUAUGACCAUUACUCGUACGAAGACAACUACAACCAUCGUGAUUACAACGAUCAUCACGAUCAUCACGAUGACGAUUACCAUCAUCACGAAGACGACACUAACAACAACUUGGCAGCUCUUCUAUUACUUCAUACCUUAGCUAGACCACAACCAGUAGUUGCUGCUGUUCCGACACCGGUUGCUGCCCCGGUCACUCACACCGUCGCCGCUGCACCUACAGUCCACACUACCACUCAUACUUACGCCGCACCAGUUACAUCAGUCGCCCCAAUGACCACUGGUCUUGGGCUUGGUGGAGGACUCAAUGGUUUUGGUGGAUUCGGAGGCUUCGGAAGCUCUCUCGGUGGUUUGGAAUCCGGAUGGGGAAAUCUUGGUAGUAUGGGUGGCUAUUUCAAGAAAUAA